GGCUCUCUUCUUCAAGGCGACAGGGCAUAAGAAGUGGGGGUCUGCCAACUAGCUUCCCCUGGGGGCACCAGGACAGAUUUGCAGCUUCUUCUUCCCUCUCCCACCGGUGACUCCAAUCGGCUCAGCUUGUUCUGCAGAGUGGAACUUUUUUUUUAGACAUUUGGCGUGAAAGAAGAUUUGAAAAUGCCUGUCAGGAGAGGACAUGUGGCCCCCCAGAACACCUACUUGGAUACUAUCAUCAGGAAAUUUGAAGGACAAAACCGCAAGUUCCUCAUUGCCAAUGCACAGAUGGAGAACUGUGCCAUCAUUUACUGCAACGACGGUUUCUGUGAGAUGUUUGGUUACUCCCGGGUGGAGGUGAUGCAGCGCCCCUGCACCUGCGAUUUUCUCAUUGGGCCCGACACUACACACAACUCAAUUGCUCAGUUGGGGCAGGCAUUGCUGGGAUCGGAGGAGUGUAAACUGGAGAUUCUCUACUACAGGAAAGACACAUCAUGCAUCCGGUGCUUGGUGGAUGUGGUCCCAGUAAAGAAUGAAGAAGGAGUUGUCAUCAUGUUCAUCUUGAACUUCGAGGACCUGGCAGUGCUGAUUGCCAAAAGUGCCCGACAGAGCCUACAUCAGCGUCUGUCCCAAGGAUGGCGAGCAGAGGCCUCCCAAGUCAAGCCCAACCAGAAUUCCACAUCAGACUCAGACCUCAUGAAGUACAGGACCAUCAGUCAGAUUCCGCAGUUCACACUCAACUUUGUAGAGUUCAACCUGGAGAAACACCGCUCAGGUUCUACCACAGAGAUUGAGAUCAUUGCGCCACACAAGGUGACAGAACGCACGCAGAAUGUGACUGAAAAGGUCACUCAGGUCCUGUCAUUGGGAGCUGAUGUUCUCCCCGAGUACAAGCUGCAGGCACCACGCAUUCACCGAUGGACCAUCCUGCAUUACAGUCCCUUCAAGGCAGUAUGGGACUGGCUGAUCCUGUUGCUGGUCAUCUACACAGCUGUCUUCACACCCUACUCAGCUGCCUUCCUGCUCAAUGAAGAGCAGGAGGAGAAGCGCUUAGACUGCAGCUACUCAUGUGAUCCGCUCUACAUUAUUGACCUCAUUGUGGACAUCAUGUUCAUAGUUGACAUUAUCAUCAACUUUCGCACCACUUACGUCAAUAUCAAUGAUGAAGUAGUAAGUCACCCAGCCAAGAUUGCCAUCCACUACUUCAAGGGCUGGUUUCUCAUUGACAUGGUGGCUGCCAUCCCCUUUGACUUGCUCAUUUUCCGUUCUGGAUCAGAUGAGACAACAACUUUGAUAGGGCUGCUGAAGACAGCUCGACUGUUGCGCCUGGUGAGAGUAGCCCGCAAGUUGGACCGCUAUUCUGAGUAUGGGGCUGCUGUCUUGUUCUUGCUUAUGUGCACCUUUGCCCUCAUUGCCCACUGGCUGGCCUGUAUCUGGUAUGCCAUUGGAAAUGUGGAGCGGCCCUACAUGGAACACAAGAUUGGAUGGCUGGAUAACCUGGGUGACCAGAUUGGCAAGCGCUACAAUGACAGUGACCUCUCGUCCGGUCCCUCCAUCAAGGACAAAUAUGUGACAGCCCUCUACUUCACCUUCAGUAGCCUCACCAGUGUGGGCUUUGGCAAUGUCUCGCCCAAUACCAACUCUGAGAAGAUCUUCUCCAUCUGUGUCAUGCUGAUUGGCUCUCUCAUGUAUGCCAGCAUCUUUGGCAAUGUCUCUGCCAUUAUCCAGCGUCUGUACUCAGGCACAGCCCGCUACCAUACCCAGAUGCUGAGGGUUAAGGAAUUCAUCCGCUUCCAUCAAAUCCCCAACCCAUUACGCCAGCGCCUUGAAGAGUACUUCCAGCAUGCCUGGUCCUACACCAAUGGGAUUGACAUGAAUGCGGUGCUGAAAGGUUUCCCAGACUGCCUGCAAGCUGACAUCUGCCUCCACCUCAACCGCACCCUCCUCCAAAAUUGCAAAGCCUUUCGAGGAGCCACCAAGGGCUGCCUACGGGCCUUGGCCAUGAAGUUCAAGACAACCCAUGCACCGCCUGGCGACACCCUGGUGCAUUAUGGAGAUGUCCUCACCACCCUUUAUUUCAUCUCACGUGGUUCCAUUGAGAUUCUCAGGGAGGACAUUGUAGUGGCCAUCCUAGGGAAGAAUGACAUAUUUGGAGAGCCCAUUAGUCUCUAUGCCAGGCCUGGGAAAUCCAAUGCAGAUGUACGAGCUCUCACUUAUUGCGACUUGCAUAAAAUCCAGCGAGAGGACCUUUUGGAAGUUUUGGAUAUGUAUCCAGCUUUCUCAGACAACUUCUGGAGCAACCUGGAGAUAACUUUCAACCUUAGAGAUGCAGACAGCGUUCCUCGCUCACCACUCAGUGAGGAGUAUAACUGCAACUAUCGCCGGGCACGCCGCCGCAAGCAUUCCCUCUGCAAAGCUAACAAAAUCGAUCCAGACAGCUUGGACGCAGGCAUCUCAGAUCUGGAGCAGUAUCAUGCAUACUCCGAGCUCACACAGCUGCAGGGCCCCCACAGUAAAGACCAUUGGGAUGAUAUGUGUAGUACCACAACUCCCUGCUCCCAGACCAGUGAAGAAGAGACCAAAAUGCACAGCCCCACUAAGGGUGACUUCUUCACUGUCACUGAAGAGAAUGACUAUAGUCCUGCUGUGGUAAAUCUAGUCAGUGAUGGCACUGAGAUUGACAAACUGGUGACUGACGAUAGCCAAUCUUAUGCAGCUACACCAUUGGAUAUUUCCAACCUCUUCACAUUUUGGGAAGACAAGAGGCCCAACCUCCUCCCAGAGCCUCUCCAGCACAUGUCUUUGGUCCAUAGCCCAUUAGACAUGCCCCCAAAUUCUGGUGACAGACCAAGACAGAUUGAAUCCAAACUGGAGCGCCUGCAGGCUCAGCUCAGCAGGCUGGAGUCCAGAAUGUCUUCUGACAUGAAUCUCAUCCUGCAGCUGCUGCAGCGACAACUGUCUCAAGUUCCACCUGCAUAUAGUCCCUUCUCGCCCUCCUCCCACAACCUGGCUUUGUACAGCAUGAGCCUGAGGAGCACAGAACCUACCACACCAUUAGAGGAAGAGGAAGUGACUCCCACCAAGCAGACUCCAAGCUACACAGAAAGUGAAAAAAUUCCACUGAAAUCCAGGGACUCCUUGUCAAGUGGCAUACACCUGACUGUAGCUUCAGAUGAAACCAUGACAAUCAACUCUGAGCAAGAGCAUUACUCAGAGACCCUACCAAACCUAGAGUCUCACCAGAGAGCAGCAGGCAACCGGGGACUUUUCCAAGGAUCUCGUUUCCCUUCUCUUCCUGAGCACCUUGAGGCACCUUCUGAGCACUUGGACAUUCAGAGACAUCUCUCUGACCCGUUGCUUCCUGGAAGUUAGGAAUCCCAGUGAGCUCAAAGCCAAGUCAAAAGGAACCUGAACUUGGAACUUGCUUAGCUGAUUUUAAUGAUUGGACUUGGAGGACAAUAUUAAUGGCUCAAGGGUAUUGCAGCCAUCUCCUGCCCUCUCUGAGCAGAAGGCAGUUUGAAAAUGGGUUGGCUUCCAAGAUGAUUGAUCUCAGAAAUCGUACUCCAUAGAGUAGACUCCAGGUGCACAUUUUCCCCCUCAGGCUCCAAGAAGGACAGUGUAUAGAUGCUGAUUGUCUUCUUCCUCAGCCUCAGUCUUACAACUGCAAGCUGACCAGAUGCUGGAGUCCACAUCUGUUGGUAUUUGUACGGUGCCUAGCCUAUUGGGAUACUGGAGCACUUCCAUGAUAUAAUAAAGUAAGCAGGAAAAUUUGUCUGGAGGAGGAAGAGACUGCUAAGAACUUAACAAAAUGUCCUCGGGCUGUGGGGUACCAAGAAUGAAUGUAUCUUUCUCUGAUACUUAUUUAGACCUUAUAACUAGUAUCUGAACUUUCUAUUAGUUGUGUAUGACCCUGUGAAGUAAGGAGGGAAGACAGAGUAAAAUGAUGCACAUGGGGCUAUAUUGAACUACACAGUGGCCUGUCUGGGACAUAGUGAGCACCACAUCAUAUAUUACAUGUUUCCUGUAUAGACAUAAUCUUUGUGUGGAGGGAAAAGUGUGCACACCAUCACAUAUGAAGUGCAAUAUGAAAGCAAAAGGUAUGCAAUGCAAUCCUAUUCAGGGUCGCCAACAGGACUUCUGAGCCUAGUAUGCAACUUGUAUUCAGCUCCCUCCCUCUGAGGGUGAUACAGUCCUGGUCAGAUGACAUUCCCUCUGAGCCCUCCAUAGUAGAUUAGUCUGUAUCCCCCUCUCUGUCUACAAGCCAUGAUCUUGUACAUGUUUGUUUGGCAUUAAAACCCCACUGAGAUGUACAGCCAAUUGCACGCAUAGGAUUGCAAUGUAUUAUAGAAGCAAAUGGUAAAGUCAGGACUAGAACUUCUACUCUCUUGAGAACAAACAUCUGAGCCUAGGCUAACAGGAAACCAAGUGUCCCAUUCACCCUACUAAAUUGAAAAAUGAGCGUGACACUCUUCUCACGAGCUCUGGGAAAGAGCCUGGGGUGGGUGGGAAAGCCAUUCCAAAAAUAUCUUUCCCAGACUAUUGCACAAUCUCAGAUUUACCUGCCUCUGAUAUAAAGCACUAAAUGUCAGGAUAAGCCAUCUUUGCUGUUAACCACUGGUCUAUGAGAUAAUUCCUUCUGGACCAGUUCCUUGCCAGACUUUGCUCAAGCCAUCAUGUGAAACAGAGAUAUGUUCAGGUGAGCUGUAACUGGUACUUAUCUGCAGGAUUGGUAUCAACUAGGGUUGUGCACAAAACUGGUUUGCCCGGUUCGGUUCAAAUUCGAACCAGGUUCGAACCAGGAGGGGGUGGUUCGAUUUUGGUUUUGCUCCUCCCCCUGGUUUGGUUUGAAUUUGAACCAGUUCGGACCAGUUUGAACCUCCAAAAAUGGGUAGGGUGGUUACUGGCACCGAGGGGUACCUGCCACCCAAACCCCAAAGCAAUCGGACACUCGUACAAUUUUUAAUGAAUAUUUGAAAUUUAUUUUUUUUUUCAUAGGGUUAAAUGGAACUUGAACCAGCCCAUUUUUCCCUCGAAUUCAUCCACCACACUCCGCUCUAGGACACCCCUUUCCCCCCGACGCGAAGCUAUACAUUUGCUGCAAUCCUCAUUAUUCCCUAUGAGGAAUUCUAAAAUAAUUUUAAAAUUCACCAAUAAUCAGAGGAGUGUCCGAUUGCCUUGGGGCUUUGUGGGUGGUAGGAACCCCUGGGUCUCUACAACCCACCCCACUUUUGUGCCCCUAGGUGUUCCACAAUAGGGGAUAUGGGCUGGUUCUGGUCCCAUUAUACCCUAUGAGAAAAAUAAUUGAAAAUAUUUCAAAUAUUCAUAAAAAAUCAUAGGGGUGUCCAAUUGCUUUGGGGUUUGGGUGGUUGUUGGCACCCAUGGGUGUUCCACAAGAGGGAAUAAUGGGCUGGUUCAAGUCCCAUUAUACCCUAUGAGAGAAAAAUAAAAAUAAAUUUCAGAAGUUCAUAAAAAAUCGUAUGAGUGUCCAAUUGCUUUGGGGUUUGGAAAGUAGGUACCCAUGGGUGCCAGCUACCACCCUACCCAUUUUUGGAGGUCCGGACCAGUUCUAACUGGUUUGAAUCAAACCACCCUCAGUUUGGUUCGAAUUCGAACCUGCAGCUCGAACCUGAUGGCUGGUUUGGUUCGAAUUCGAACCAUCGAACCACCCUGGUUCAAAUUCGAACUGGUUUGAGUUUGAACCGGUUCGCACAUCCCUAGUAUCAACCCGAUUCCAGAAAAUCUUGGGAAAAGCAAAGCAUGGCCUCAUGUUUUGUUUUUGGCCCUUCCUUUCUGGCUGUAUCUCUUGAAUGAUUCCACUUUGCCCUAUAAUACUGCAUAGAACCAUUGUAACUGAAUCCUCAGAUCCUCCCUAUAUCAACCCUUCAAUAGAUGCUGCAAUGGCCCUAGGCCAUCUCUCCAAAAUAACAUAUUAAACUCCCAGUGCGAGUAGUGGGGGUGGGGGGUGGGACUGUGAGCAUUUUCUUUCUUUUUCUUGGGAGUUUUAGUGUACACUUUGCUAAUAAAGAUGAUUU